AUGACCAUGUGUGCGUCACCAAUUUUGCUAAAUAAGAUUUCCUCUGCAUUUCAGCUCGUCCGGAUCUUGGGGACGGUUGUCUGUGUCGGACUUGCUAUGUCUAAAUUGCCGGUCUCCCCAUUUACAGUUGCCAUAAAAGGUCUGAAGCUGAUUGGAGAUUCAGCUGGGACCGAAGCGGAAAUGGAGGAGCUGCUGGAGAUGGCGGUUAGGGGGGAUGUGGUGACGAUUCUCGAGGUGAAGGAGUCGUAG